AUGGACCCCCCGGCCGAAUUCUCACCCCUCAGCAGUGGCCAACUCUUCCCCGAGGUGCCCGGUAGCCCGCCGGCUGGCUUGGUGUCGGCCGAGGCCAGUGUCUCGGAUUUGGAUGCCCUGCGUUUGUCCAAUCUGUCGGAGGACUCGCUCCGGUAUCCGCUGUCGGAAAACUGCGACAUCAUCAACCCCCCGCUGUCGGCAUCGAUCCUGGCCACCCCGGCCGAGGGGGAUGCUGACAGCCCGAGUGACCCUUCCAGUGUCCUGCUGGCCGAUGACGAGGGCGUGUCGGGCACCGACUCCAGCCCGCAGCACCUCCUGCUGCCGGUGGACCCGGCUGUCGAUGCCCUCUCCGACAGCGUGGCCCCGGUUUCCUCGGGCUCGGUGCUGCGUCUCCCGCCGGCGGGCGCACCCUCCUCGAAUGUCGCCCAGGCUCCUGGCCCUGUGAUGGCGGCGGCGGCGGCGGCAAGCACCGUGGCAACUCCCCCCGGCGCUUCGAGCCCUGGUCCUGACCCGCUGCAGCAGGGCGCCACCGGGGUCCGGUGGCCGGCCGCCACGGCCACCGCAGCCCCAGCGGCCCCGACACCGGCCCCGACGCCGGCCACCAUGUCCAAAAGCACGGCAGCCUCGCCGCAGACCAUUCGCGUGGACACGUCCCCCGGGGUCGGGGGUGUUUCCCUGGAUGGCGGAUCGCAAUCCGGGCCGACGGGGAUCCUGCGCACCGCCGGGGCGGGCGUGCCUCUGCACGGCUUCUCCGAGAGUCUGCUGGAGUCUCUACGGUCGACCAUGCAUGUUUUCGCCGAGCUUGGCCAUGGCGGCAGCCCGUUGGAGCUGGCGGCCGAGCGGCUGCUGAUCAGCUCGCGCCUGAUGGCCAGGCCGGACACCGCUGUGGAGGCCGGUCCGGUCGCCGUGCCGGCCUCCGGUCCGGGGACUUGCCGGCCGCGCCGAUGA